UUUCUUUCCUGACUCUUCAGUGGCUGUUUCUGAGGAUUGUCUUCCAUCAUGGCAGGGAAGUGCUUCCGGCUGCUGCACCCUGCCUUCCGCAGUUACCUUACUACUUUGACCAGACCUGUUUCGGAAAUCUCCGUGAAGACCAUUAGCGGAAGCCAGCCUGACCACAGACACUACUCUGCCCAUCCAGGGGUACCAGUUCGUCAUUUCGCAACCAAGAAGGCCAAAGCUAAAGGGAAAGGACAGUCCCAGGCCAGGGUGAAUAUCAAUGCCGCCUUGGUUGAGGAUGUAAUCGACUUGGAAGAGGUGGAUGAAGAAAUGAAAUCUGUGAUGGAAGCACUCAAAGAUAAUUUCAAUAAGACCCUCAACAUAAGGACUGCACCAGGAUCCCUUGAUCAUGUUACUGUGGUAACUGCUGAUGGGAAGCUUGCUCUUAAUCAGAUUGGCCAGAUCUCCAUGAAAUCGCCACAGUUGAUUUUGGUGAACAUGGCCAGCUUCCCAGAGUGUACAGCUGCAGCUAUCAAGGCUAUAAGAGAAAGUGGAAUGAAUCUGAACCCAGAAGUGGAAGGAACAUUAAUUCGAGUGCCCAUUCCUAAAGUAACCAGGGAACACAGAGAAAUGCUGGUAAAACUGGCCAAGCAGAACACCAACAAGGCCAAAGAAAAUUUACGGAAGGUUCGUACUAAUGCAAUGAAUAAACUGAAGAAAUCAAAGGACAAAACCUCGGAGGACACCAUUAGACUCAUAGAGAAGCAGAUCAGCCAAAUGGCCGACGACACGAUGGCAGAGCUGGACCGGCAUUUGGCAGCAAAGACCAAAGAGCUCCUCGGAUGAACGUCAGCAGCCACAGCCGCACAUCAGAGUCCAGUUUCAUCCCUUAGGUGCCAAGCUGGUGCCUCCACUA